AUGCUGCAGAUGGACAACACAUGGACGGACGGACGGACAGGCCCCCGGAGGCGCAGCACAGCCAUGGGGCUCAGCGUCUGGCUGCUGCCGUCCUUGCUGCUGCUGGCCGGUGUCCGGCCAGGGGCCGGCGUGGAGCGCAUCGGCUACGUGCCCCGGUUCUUGGAUGCCAGCCUGGCAGGGCAGCGCACCCAGUCCACCUUUGCACUGGAGCAGCCCCUGGACCAGUUCAACAGCUCCCCCAUCUCGGAUCUCGACCCCAUCUGGCUGGUGGUGGCCCUGAGCAACGCCACCCAGAGUUUCACUGACCCCCCAAGGAUAGAGGACAGCCCUGUGCCUGCUGACCUCCCCCACCGCAGCUUCUACCUCACCCUGAGGGCCAGCCGGGAGCGCUACCUGGGUGACCGGCCCGGUGGCCAGCUCCGCUUGCUCCGGGUGGGUAAUGACACCCACUGUGCCCCUGAGAAGCUGAGCUGUAACACCCCACUGCCCGGCCCCGGCCCCUACAGGGUGAAGUUCCUGGUGAUGAACGACAGUGGACCUGUGGCUGACACGGAGUGGUCCAAGGAUAUAUUCCUACCCCAAGCCCAGGCUUUCCAAGCAGCCCCAGGGGCCCAGAGUGAGGGCACCGUGGUCAUCAUUGCCAUCCUAUCCAUCCUGCUGGCCAUCCUCCUCAUUGCCCUCCUCAUCCUGCUCAUCCACACAUGCUGCAGGGGCAAGGCUGUCCCCAGCCCAGUGGAGCAGGUUCACAUAAGAAGUUACAGUCCUCACCACACGCUAGGCCCUGUGACCAUGGACACCUCCUGAGCAGCUCUGGGAGU